GGGUGGGGAGCAGCUGAUGCUAUUUUGGAAAGGCGGAUAUAAAGAAAGGGGCCACCAUUAGAGCCUCAGUUCUUGCUGGGACUCCAGAGCGGGACAUCUCCAGUGACUUUGAAUUCUUUUUUGUUCCUUCGUUGUCUCCUUGCAAGCUUCUUAAAGAAUGGGUGAUGCAGCAAUGGCUGAAUUCGGGGCAGCGGCUCCUUACCUUCGCAAGUCGGACAAGGAGCGUCUGGAAACCCAGACCAGGCCCUUCGACAGCCGCAACGAGUGUUUCGUGCCCGACGAGAAAGAGGAAUUUGUCAAGGGCAAAGUGACGAGCCGGGAAGGGGCCAUGGUCAACGUGCAGACGGAGAGCGGCAAGACAGUGACGGUGAGGGAGGCCGACGUCCACCAGCAGAAUCCGCCCAAGUUCGACAAGAUCGAGGAUAUGGCCAUGCUGACUUUUCUGCACGAACCGGCCGUUCUCUACAACCUGAAGGAGCGCUACGCCUCUUGGAUGAUCUAUACGUAUUCAGGCCUCUUCUGCGUAACGGUCAACCCCUACAAAUGGCUCCCGGUUUACAACGCUGAGGUUGUGGCUGCCUAUAGGGGGAAAAAAAGGAGCGAAGCCCCUCCCCAUAUUUUCUCCAUCUCCGACAACGCGUAUCAAUACAUGUUGACAGAUCGAGAAAAUCAAUCUAUCCUCAUCACUGGAGAAUCCGGUGCAGGGAAGACAGUCAACACGAAGCGAGUCAUCCAGUAUUUCGCCAGCAUCGCGGCCAUUGGGGACCGCAAGAAAGAGGCCACCAACUCACCCAAGGGGACCUUGGAAGAUCAAAUCAUCCAGGCCAACCCUGCCUUGGAAGCCUUCGGCAACGCCAAAACGUUGAGGAACGACAAUUCUUCCCGUUUUGGUAAAUUCAUCCGAAUUCAUUUCGGAGCAACAGGCAAGUUGGCAUCCGCUGAUAUUGAGACAUAUCUCUUAGAGAAGUCCCGGGUGAUUUUUCAGCUUAAAUCCGAGAGAAAUUAUCACAUCUUCUAUCAGAUCCUGUCCAAUAAAAAGCCAGAACUUUUGGAUCUCCUUUUGGUCACGAACAACCCUUACGACUAUCAUUACGUCUCCCAAGGAGAAGUAACCGUGGCCUCCAUCGAUGACUCCGAAGAGCUAAUGGCUACCGACAGUGCCUUUGACGUCCUGGGCUUCACCCCUGAGGAAAAAGUGGGUGUCUACAAGUUGACGGGCGCCAUCAUGCACUAUGGGAACAUGAAGUUCAAGCAGAAGCAGCGUGAAGAACAGGCCGAGCCUGAUGGGACGGAGGAUGCGGAUAAAUCUGCCUACUUGAUGGGUCUCAACUCAGCCGACUUGGUCAAAGGGGUGUGCCACCCCCGGGUGAAGGUUGGCAACGAAUAUGUCACCAAAGGGCAAAAUGUCCAACAGGUGUAUUAUUCCAUCGGGGCCCUGGCCAAGUCCGUGUAUGAGAAGAUGUUCAGCUGGAUGGUGGUCAGGAUCAAUAACUCUUUGGAGACCAAGCAGCCUCGGCAGUAUUUCAUCGGCGUCUUGGACAUUGCAGGAUUUGAGAUCUUCGAUUUCAACAGCUUUGAGCAGCUCUGCAUCAACUUCACCAACGAGAAGCUGCAGCAGUUCUUCAACCACCACAUGUUUGUGCUGGAACAAGAGGAGUACAAGAAGGAGGGCAUCGAAUGGGUCUUCAUUGACUUCGGCAUGGACCUCCAGGCCUGCAUUGACCUCAUUGAGAAGCCUCUGGGUAUUAUGUCCAUCCUGGAAGAAGAGUGCAUGUUCCCCAAGGCCAGCGACAUGACCUUCAAGGCCAAACUCUACGAUAACCACCUGGGCAAGUCCUCCAACUUCGGAAAAGCCCGCAACACCAAGGGGAAGCCGGAGGCUCACUUUGCCCUGAUGCACUAUGCUGGCACCGUGGACUACAACAUCAACGGGUGGUUGGAGAAGAACAAAGACCCCCUGAACGAUACCGUGGUGGCCCUCUACCAGAAGUCCGCCCUGAAGCUGCUGGCCACGCUCUUCUCCACCUACACGGGCAGCGAGGCGGGCGGAGAGGGCGGGAAGGGCAAAGGCUCCAAGAAGAAAGGCUCCUCCUUCCAGACCGUCUCAGCGCUACACCGGGAGAACCUCAACAAGUUGAUGGCCAACCUCAAAACCACCCACCCUCAUUUUGUGCGCUGCAUCAUCCCCAACGAACGGAAGGAGCCCGGUAUAAUGGACAACCCUUUGGUCAUGCACCAGUUACGCUGCAAUGGCGUCCUGGAGGGGAUCCGGAUCUGUCGGAAAGGAUUCCCCAACCGGAUCCUCUACGGGGACUUCAGGCAAAGGUACCGCAUCUUAAACCCUGCGUCCAUCCCGGAGGGACAGUUCAUCGACAGCCGGAAAGGGGCCGAGAAGCUUCUGAGCUCCCUGGACAUUGACCACAACCAGUACAAAUUUGGACACACCAAGUGUGGCGAUGUUGUCCUAUUCGGCGUCAGGUGA